ACGUAGAUGACCACUUCAAAUUGAAAGAAUGUAAAAUAUUUUGUUUUUGGAUUAUAAAGGCUAUUUUUUAUGAUUUUUUUUUUAAUGUGAAAUAAAAUACAAUGAGUGGAAUAGAACUUUUGAAUUCAGCAAUUGAUGCUGCACUUCUAGAGUUAAACGAUUUUACACUAUUUUCGAAAAGGGAAAAGUCAAACCCUUGUUCUUUAUUAACAGCAAUAUUCGUAAAAGCACUACAUAAGGAAACGAACAAAAAUGUAGUUCUAAAAUUUUCCUUGCAAAUCGCCAAGCUCGAAAAUGAAUACUUUUUGUUGCGACAAUUAUCGUCUUUUUCAAAGGGCGAUAGCUAUACUAUACUCCCAAGAUACAGACUGCUUUUGAACAAAUCUAUGGGAGUACUCAUAUUUGAUGACCCUGGCCCUGAUCUUGUGAAGGAUUGGUUGUCUGAUUCGCGUCCGGUGGAUUUGAGGUUAUUUUAUAAAUUUGCUUUGGCUGCAUGCCAUACUCUCUCUUUUAUGCAUGAUAAACAGUUUGUUCAUGGAGAAAUUCGCCCAGACUCUUUUCAUUAUAACACUGAUAAUUCUAUAUAUGCUAAACUGUUGACUAUUGGAACCAGUGUUUCACCAAUUCGAUUUACAUUAUCUUCAUUAAAUUGGCAAAAACUAUAUCAAGUUGAUGAUAUUCGCCAUAAGCUCCAGUUUUUUAGUCCAGAACAAAUUGGCAGUGUGGGUCGACCAUUAGACAGCCGUUCCGAUAUUUAUUCUUUAGGUGUUACAUUCUAUGUCUUGUUGACGAAAUGCUACCCAUGGGGUGGAAAACCAAUGCGUAUAGUUCAAUCCAUCCAUACUCGACAGUUCCCUUCCGUUUUGUCCAGACGUCCUGACGUACCCAUAGCACUUGAUCAGCUUAUCCAGAGGAUGACUACCAAAUCUAUUGAGGAACGUUAUAGCGAUACUGAUGAACUCUGUCUCCUUUUCUAUGAGCUUUUGUUGCACCAUUCAUCUUCGCUUAAACAGGUUAGUUUCAAAUUCAACAAUUCUGUUUUAAAUUUUAAUAGUAAAAAAGAAUUGAGUUUCCCAAAACUUAUAAUAUGUAAUCCCUCUGAUUACACCCAAAUAUUUCAAGAACUGGCUCGCUUUUCUUCAAAACGCGAGGUUUUUACGAGCGGAAAAAAUAUAUUACGAAUUAAGAAAAAGCACUUAUUCAAGAAUUCUUCAGUUCAAAAUGAAGCGACGUAUUGCCAUAUUAUUACCGUAACAGGUGGAAGCGGUUCCGGCAAAACAACUCUGUUACAAUCUAUUGCAGUAGAAGCAAGAAAAUUCGGUUAUUUUGCGCUGUGUUCUUUUCAGAAUAUCCACGCUUCCCCCUUUUCUGGUGUUUUUGAUUGCGUCUCACAGGUUUUACGCCAAGUACUUCGUGAAGAAAUGGAGACCGUAAUUAAUUAUUUCUCUUCUCUAUGGGAGUUUCUUGGAGAAGAACUCGUUUAUAUGGGACCAUUAUUUGAAUGUGUUCCAGAGCUCAAUUAUCUUUUAUCUCCCAAAUAUAAUUACCAUUGUAAACACGAAAAUUACAUAAAAUUUAAACCGAGAGAUCCUCAGGAAUUAAGAAGUGCUAGUGGUCGUUUGGGGUUUAUCGUCUGUCUUCUCGAAAUCUUAAGUUUCACAUGUCGGAUACGGUCUACCAUCAUUGUUUUAGAUGACCUUCAUCUGGCUGACGGUUGUUCUAUAUCACUUAUUCGUGGCAUCAUAGCACGCAGAUUACCAAUUCUAAUGAUAUUGUCUUGGAGUGAUCAUUUUGCUAUGGAUACUCUUCCGUUGUAUAUAAAUGAAAUACCUCAGGCUAUGGUCACUCAUAUUAAGAUAAAGCCUUUUGACCGAAAAAAUAUUUUCGAUCUUUUGGGCUAUUAUCUGCGGUAUCCCACCCAAACCUUAGACCCAUUAGCUCGAUUUCUACAGAACGUUAGCUACGUGAAUCCUUUGGUUCUAAAGGUUACUUUAGACAUUGCACGUAACAAUAACUAUUUCAGAUUCAACGAAAAAAUUAAUUCCUGGACUUAUGAUCUGCGGUUAAUAGAACAAAAAUAUAGAACUUUAGCUUCUUGUGAAUUACCGCAAGUCAUAUCAAAUUAUGUAGAAGAUAUUUUCCCCGAUAAAGUUAGAAAGUUCUUAACUUGGGCUGCUUUACUUAUUUCGCCCUUUUCUUACGACUUGUUAUACCUGGUAACUAAACCUUUAGGCUUAUUCAUCCCCCUUCACGAGGUACUUGAAUUUCCUCUUCCAAUUUUCAGUUUCUCUGGGGAUUGGAUGGAUUGCAGAUUUACUUCUAGUAACAUACGGGAAGGAUUUUUGUCUGGAAUUAGUGCAGGAGAGGCAGAAACCAUGCACGCUCUCAUUGCCCGUGCGUUGAUCGAAGGGGAAGCUAAGAAGUUCUUCAAAAAUGAUAGUGUUCAUCAUAUUCUAAAAGGGUUGGGUGUCGUGAAAAAAUUUCCAAACACAAAACCUUACAUUUUGGCGAUGCAGACUGUAUCUGACCAUUUAGUUCAAUUUGGGGCCUACAUGUAUGCUAAGGAGUUACUGAAAGCUUGUUUUUUUCUAUUAACAAAGAAGCCAUCUUCCGAAGGUCAUCUAAAUAACCAUGAAAUGACAAGACUACGCAUAGGUAUGGCAAUGUGCUAUUGGUGGAACAAAGACAAUAAAAAUGCUUUCGCUAUUUUACGAAAAAUAAAUUUGGAUACGGUUUCUAUAUCUGAAUAUCUUCCAGCAUUGAGACUUUUGGCGAAGAUUGAGUGUUAUCAAGGCAAAUCAGAAAAUAUCAUCGAAAAAGUCAUUACAAUUUUUGAGCGACUGAAUUUUCAUUUUGAAAAAGAUAUAAACGAAGAAGUAUUAAACAGGUUAUUUGAUGACUUAUCUUCGAAGUUUCUUUCGUGCAAUUUCAAGAUCCAGCGCCGCGAGCCUAUUGAUCCGGAGAAGAUUAACAUAAUAUCUACUUUGCUUUCUGAUAUCUGCUUUAUUUUCUUCAACGCCUCCCAAGAUUAUUACUACUACUUUUCGUUUUUACUAGCGAAACUUUACUACGAAUACGGCGAUACUUCUCUAAGUUAUUCGCUCAUCUUCUUGGCUUCGUACAGUUACGUUAAAAGAAGGCGACCAGAAAUUUUUUUAAGGAUAAUCCAAACAUAUCCGUCAAUUUUUGCAUUACCAGGAAGAAGUGCCAGCAUCCAUGCCGAGCUGAUACAUUGGGUGAUGCGUAAUGAAUAUAAUAUGUUUGAGGAUCAUCCUAGUAUGAGAAAUCAGUCUCUAGAAGGGAUUUUACUUCGUUGCAUUAUAUUUGGUGACAAAAUAUAUGGGUCUUAUUUGCUGGCACGUUUGACGGCACAACGACUUAUCCGUGGAGCUCAUAUACACCAACUUCUGCUCGAUCAAGAAAAUGCAGAAACGCUAUUACUUUUAUGGGAAAUUGAGAAACCCUUUAGCCAAUAUGUAUAUCUUUGUCGAAGUGUAUUGUUGGCAUUAUUCGGCCUGACUAACAAUAAUGACCCUAACAAUGUUCUUUCGACCAAUCAAAAGUCUCAGGAGACCUUGUCUGAGCAGUUCUUGUUUAAGAAGCCAUCUACUUAUUGUACUUGGUAUUACUCGUGCUUAAUCUAUGUAUGUACAUUGUUCAAACAUUAUGAUCACGUGGUAGAGAUUGCUCUAGAAUAUCUGUCAGUUUCGGACUGCAAAAUAUUAGAACAGUUCUACAGAGUAGUUAGGGGAUUUAUAGGCAUUUCUGCUGCACAGAUUUUAUACGGGAAAAAAGACAUGUCUGACGAUGAGAAGCAAAAGCUAUCGUUCCUGUUAAGCAGGGUUUUGGAUGCAAUGAAGGAUUUUGCUUACAAUUAUAAAAUUAAAAGCUAUUUGUUAUGGGUUUAUUUUCUACAAGGCAUGAUAUUCCGAAAUGAAGGGGAUUUUAUGAACGCGGCAAAAAACUUUGAAAGAGCUGUAGAUGUCGAGCAUCAAAAAUUUUCUAAAAUAGAAUUGGCUCUAUUAUUUGAAAUUAUCGGUGAAUUUUAUUUUACGGCUUCUUUUACGUUUCUUUCGAGAUCUUAUUACCUGCGCGCUCUUAACCACUAUAGAGAUAUAGGAUGCUACGGCGUUGAAAAUAGGUUAAAGAAACUACUUUCUGAAAAGUUUUCUCUUUCACUUAAUCAACCGGUAUUUUCUUCGAAGUCCACUAUGAUGGAUAGUGCUUUCCGAGAGAUACCUGAUUUAAUGAAGAAGGACAUCAACGAUUUCAGUCUCACAUCGCAUGACUUCUUGUUUCAGAAAAAGGAAAUCGAUUUUUUUACGAGUUGUGAUGCAAGCGUAAAACAGAGUGAAGACGAAAAAGAAUACGAUUAUAGCUAUGAAUAUGAUGGUGGACAUUUGGACAUUGUGUCUCUUAUAUCGGUCAUCAAAUGUGGACAGCUUUUAUCGAGUAAAUUAAGACUUGCAUCUUUACUUACUACAGUUAUAAAACUGAUUAUUGAGUAUUCUCAGGUUGACUUUGCUGCAGUUAUCUUGAAGAGUGAUUCUCAGUUUGUAUUAUCCGCUUUUGGUAAUUCAACAUAUAGCGAAGCUUUAGAGCCUGCUCUACCUUUAUGCGAGUCGGAUAUAAAAAUUCCGGAAAUCGUUCUGUCUGAAGUUUUCACCAAUUCACGUAUGGUUACGCUGGAAGGUGUAUCUAAAUCAGAAGACGAAGAUGUUAUAAAUUGGCUUCAGGAAGAACACAACUUGAAUUCUUUCAUAAUUAUACCAUUGCAGUUUAAAGACACUGUGAUAGGUGCCUUAUAUCUCCAGCUUCCCCGUAAUUUAAUGCACUUUGGAAAUGUUAUAUUUUUGAAGCUUUUGUCUCAGCAAAUUGCGAUAAGUAUAUCAAAUGCUCUCCUAUUUCAAAACCUUCGUCAUACUAUUACUGACAACGUUUCGCUGAUCGAGUCACAGCAGAUUUCAUAUCAAAGAUAUAAGAAUAUCGAAGAACAAUGUAUAACUUUAUUGGACUCCCUUCCUUGCAUUGUUUGGACUUUGGACUCUAAAAUAGGAGAAAUAGAAUUUACGAACGCAUCCAAACACGACUAUUUUGGGACGGUAGACACUGAUGGUUCUCUUAGCUGGAAGAAGUUUAUACAUCCAGAACAACAUACGAUUUUUCAAAAGAAACUUGAAAAUUUGAAAAGUGAAGAGUUUGGUGAGCUUGAACUUCUUUUAAAAAAGAGUGGCAGCUUUCAUUGGCAUCUAUGUCGUGGUUUACCUUUGCAAAGAGGUUCAAGCAACACGAAAUGGAUUGUAGUUUGCAUAGAUAUCAAUGAUGAAAAAGAAGCAAGGGAAGCUGCUAUACGUGCCGUAAACCUAAAGGCAAAUUUUCUGGCAAGUAUGUCCCAUGAGUUACGAACACCCUUCUCGAGUUUUUAUGGUAUGCUAUCGUUGCUUAGUGACACCAAACUCAGCGAUGAACAACAUGAUAUUGUUUCUACUGCUAAACAAAGCUGCACUUCGUUAGUGCAAAUAAUCGAUGACUUACUAAAUUUUAGCGAGCUAGAGUCUGGGAAAAUAAAACUUGAACCUAGCAAAAUUUUCGAUGUCGAAGAAAAUAUCGCGGAUUGUAUUGAACUAGUAUAUCCUUCGAUAGCAGACAAACCUGUCCAAAUUUCGUACGAUAUCUACCCAAACGUUCCUGCUCUUCUGGCCGGUGAUAUUGCAAAGCUAAGGCAGGUCAUUACAAAUCUAUUAGGAAAUUCAGCCAAGUUUACAAAAGAAGGCCAUAUUCUUUUACGUUGUUCAAUUAAAGAUGAUCCGAAAUUGUCAGAUGCUGAUUGUUAUUUAUAUUUUGAAAUAGAAGACACCGGAAUUGGAUUAAAACCAGAACAGAUGAAACUCUUAUUCAAGCCUUUUACUCAAGUAGAUGGCAGUACCACACGCAUUUACGGCGGUUCUGGUCUUGGACUAUCAAUUUGCUUAGAAAUAUGUAAAAUAAUGGAUGGCAAUAUUGGUGUUGAAUCUGUGUACGAUGAAGGAUCGACUUUCUGGUUUUACGUACGAUUAAGUAAAGCCACUUUUAAAUUAUCUCGUGAGCAUUUUAAAGAAACUCAUCAAAACUUUGCUAGAAUAAUAGAAGCAUUAAAGUCAACUCGAGUGUUGAUAGUUGAGUCCUUUAUCACUACGAGGUCCCUAUUUAAAUCACUGUUUUCUCUUGCUUAUUCGAAAACUGUACAGUUAACAAAGAACGUUGAAACAAUCUUACUCGAAGCACAACAAAUUAAUAGCCCUUAUGAUUUCCUUUGUAUUGAGGCUUCAAACAAGGAAUCGGAAAGCCUAAUUAUGAAAAUACUAGCCAACCCCUUACUUCGAAAUACCUCAUUAAUAAUCCUAAUGCCUUCUUUACAAAGAACUAAAUUAAAAUCAGCGGUAAACGCUGACCCGUUUGUUACUAUCCUUGACAAAAAUCAGAAUCGCGUUUCGUACUUAGCAGAACCUGUCCGAUUAUCGAAACUAAUUCAAAAUGUGAGCUUUCUAUUAACUAAAAGAGCCAACCACGAUAAGCUUUCCGAUACUUCGAAACUUCAAGUUUCUACUCAUAAAGCACGCCCGAAAGAAGUAUUUAAUUCUGAGGAAUUGCAAAUAUUGAGAACGAAGGUUUGUUUGAUAGCGGAAGACAAUUUAAUCGCUCGGAAGUUAUUAAGUAAGCAAUUAACGAAUUUGGGACUCGAAGUUGAGACUGUGAAUGAUGGACAAGAGUUGGUCGAAAUAUUUAAAUCUAAACCUCAUGGAUAUUAUGGUAUAAUAUUCGCAGAUUACCACAUGCCGAUCUGUGAUGGAGCCGAAGCUGUUAGCAAAAUCCGUGCUUACGAAAAUUCACAGAACACGGGGAACUAUGUCCCUGUGAUAGCUCUUACAGCGGAUAUACAGAAGUCUGCUAAACAGAAAUGUUUAGAUGUAGGCAUGAAUGACUACCUUACGAAACCUUUUACCCAGCAGCAGCUUCAAGGUAUGAUCAGAAAAUACUUUUUGCAGGAACAAGACUCGUAAUUGCCUUGAUUUUUUUUUGGAACUUUUUGAAUUCUUAAUGGCUUCAAUGUUGUAAUAGAUUACUUACUAUUUACUGAUGAUCUACUUAGUGUGGUUAUGAAUAAGACUUAUAUUUAUUGGGAUGUAUGCGCAAUAACUACAAUUGGAAUUAUUUUCUAUUUUAAGAAUAUGUAUCAUGAAUCUUAGUCUUCUUAUAUUUUAUUUAUUUUUUUUUGGAAAAUAUUUCAUUAAUUUCUAGCGGCUAGAUCAACACCACUUUUUAUACUUGCAAUCAUUGCACUAAGUUGAAUUUUUUCCGAGCAACCAAAUGACAUACGGUGUUCAAUAGCUGCCAACUGGUCCAAAAUGAAAAUACGUGUAUUAGCUGGUAAUUGAAGUUCAUCCAAUGCUUCAAAGAUGCACGUAGUUAUAUCUUGCAAAGCCAAGCCUUUUUGUUGCUUAAUGGAAAGAAUUGCUAGAACAGUUAAAUAAGUUCUUAAAACUUGAAGACAUACCAUUAUAGGCAGUAACGAAUUCUUCAUUCAUUACCGAUUUGAUGAAAUAAUCUAUGUCUGAAGGAUGAGGCUGGCCAACGCAAUUGUAAACGGAAGACUCAUCGAUGUGUUCGUAAGCUGCAUGGCAGGCUUGUAGAAUAUUAAGAGCUUUACGCAUAUCACCCCUUGAUAACUUCAGGACGGCAUCUUUGGCUUCUGAAUCUAUGUUACAAUGCUCAUUAUCAAUAACGUGGUCAACAUAUUUUUCAACUUCCAAAGAAGGAAGUGGUUGAAAACGGAAACGAGUACACCGUGACUGAAUAGCAGGUGCAAUUUUGUUAAUAUAAUUGCAAAUAAUACAAAAACGAACGUUUUUCGUGUACUUCUCAAUGACUAUAAUCAUAAGGAAGCAUGAGCAUAAAUGUAAAACUAUAGUAGAUUAACUUACCUCUUCGAAGUGCAUUUUGUGCAGCAAGAGUCAUAGCAUCCGCUUCAUCCAAAAUAAUCAUUUUAAAUGAGGAUCUACAAAAAGUUAGUUUUGCAACAUCAGACCCUAGAUAUAUUUUGAAAACUCACGAGAAAAUUUGACGCGUGCUAGCAAAGUUUUUAAUUUGCUCUCUGACGGCAUCUAUACCACGGUCGUCACUUGCAUUCAGUUCCAUAACUUGAUUACGAAACUGAGGGCCAUAUACCUUUCGAGCACAGGCAAGGAUAGUAGAUGUCUUUCCUGUUCCUGGAGGACCGUAAAAUAACAUAUGGGGAACUUUGUUUGUACUGAUGAAUCGAUCCACUAAAAUGUUAGUGCCAAUAUUUCCCACAUGAAUGCUGAAUAAAACCUUACGUGUAGAAAUAAUAUCUUUAUGUGCAACUACAUCUUCUAAUCCUGAAGGACGAUAUUUUUCCACCCUAAUUGACAAUUAGUAUGAAACCUGGAAACAAUGUUCUAUGAAUUCGAAGCUCGUGCAUCCUUUAAUCUAAUAAACAAUUAAUCCAAAAGAGUUUUCAUUUUGCGUCUAGCAUUCGCUGAAAGUAAGAGAUAUGCAAUACACGUCAAAAAUAACAAUUCAAUAUCGAACAUGAUCCAUUCGUAAUACAUACCAUGGAAGAGUUGAUUCGUCCUGUAUAGGAUUAUCUAUAUCCAUAGCUCGUCCUUUUCCUUUAUCCAUUGCCGAUAUAGAAGAUUGUAAGUCAAUAUGCUACAGAUGGAUGUUUGUCGUAGUGAAAUAGCAAGACACCUAAGGUAAGACGACAGUCGGAAGAUUAGGAAGUUUAGAAUUGAAUUUGAACAGCUCUACAUAUAAUCGUUGUUCCUAUUCAAAAAAUAAAUUAAAAACAAGAUACGCGGAUCGAUCAUAAGCUGAAACCAUCGAAAAAAACUUUCUUACCAAAAAUAAAAGCUAAUGGAACAUUUCCCUACAUUAAACUUAUCUUUACUUACUAUUAUUUCCUAUCACACGACUACAAAUACGACUACAUUGUCACGCUGCUAGUGCAAUAUAUCAAUGUCCUAGAUUGCUCACUACCAUAUGUGCACCAAACGGCUUUUAAUUAUUAGCAUAACCUGAAUUGAAAGAGUUUUCAAUAGUGAAUCUUUUUAAUUGUAUGAUAAUAGAAGCAGAAAUUAAGCCCAUUCGGAAGGAGCAGCAC